GCGGCGGCGCGGUGACGGUGAAUUAAGAAGUUAAAGGUUUUGGGUGGAGAUACUACAAUCCAGGCCUAUCAGAGACUAAAUAAUGAGCUUACAGGUUGUUUCACAGUUUUAAAUUGAAGAGAAAAUGUCACUUUACGAUGACUUGGGAGUUGAGACCAGCGAUUCUAAAACAGAAGGCUGGUCCAAAAAUUUCAAACUACUACAGUCUCAAUUGCAGGUGAAGAAAGCAGCUCUGACACAAGCAAAGAGUCAAAGAACAAAACAAACAACAGUCCUUGCUCCAGUGAUUGACCUGAAACGAGGUAGCUCUUCUGAUGAGAGACAGAUUGUGGACACACCACCUCAUGUAGCAGCUGGUUUAAAGGAUCCUGUACCUAGUGGUUUUUCUGCAGGAGAUGUGUUGAUUCCUUUGGCGGAUGAAUAUGAUCCCAUGUUCCCAAAUGACUAUGAAAAAGUUGUAAAACGUCAGAGAGAGGAACGACAGAGGCAGCGUGAGCUGGAGAGGCAAAAGGAGAUUGAAGAAAGAGAAAAAAGACGUAAAGACAGACAUGAAGCCAGUGGGUUUUCAAGACGACCGGAUCCAGAUUCUGAUGAGGAUGAAGAUUAUGAAAGGGAGCGACGAAAAAGAAGUAUGGGAGGAGCUGCCAUUGCACCACCCACUUCUCUUGUUGAGAAGGACAAAGAACCUGUAGCAUCAUUUCCAUUUGAAGAGGAGUCGAGACCUCGGGCACCCUCUUCCAAAGCAGCUAUUCCUCCUCCAGUGUAUGAUGAGCCAGAGAGACCUCGUUCCCCCACGGGACCCAGCAACUCUUUCCUUGCUAACAUGGGGGGGACAGUAGCUCAUAAAAUCAUGCAGAAGUAUGGUUUCAGAGAGGGCCAGGGGCUGGGAAAGCAUGAACAAGGGCUGAGCACAGCACUGUCAGUAGAGAAAACGAGCAAGAGGGGUGGCAAGAUCAUUGUUGGCGAUUCUACAGAGAAAGAAACGGGCAAGAAAGCGGAUUCUAACCCAUUGACCGAGAUACUGAAAUGCCCAACUAAAGUGGUCUUACUAAGGAACAUGGUAGGUGCUGGGGAGGUGGACGAAGACCUAGAAGUUGAAACGAAGGAGGAAUGUGAGAAAUACGGCAAGGUUGGGAAAUGUGUCAUCUUUGAGAUUCCUGGCGCCCCUGAUGAUGAAGCUGUGAGAAUAUUUUUAGAGUUUGAACGGGUUGAAUCUGCCAUCAAAGCUGUUGUGGAUCUAAACGGAAGAUACUUUGGAGGCCGAGUCGUGAAGGCUUGUUUCUACAACCUGGACAAGUUCAGAGUACUGGAUCUGGCAGAGCAAGUUUGAUUUUAAAAAUCUAGCUCGAGGUGUCACUGUUCUGGCAAUCAUGUUUUCAGCGGUAGGCUGGGAAUAAAGAAGAGAAAAGUAGCUUUCCUAGCAAACUGGAAACAAGCCUCAUUGAAUGGAUUUUUCGCAUUCGUUGUGACUUACGUUUUUUUGUAAUAUAAAGCCCUUUGAAAGUAAGA